AUGUUUUCCCCCGGAAUUAAGCUAAAGGAUGAUUUACAUGAUACUAGCGAAGAAUCUGGUAAUGUGACUGCUGGUUUUCGUGACAUCGCUUCCACACUGGAUGAUAGAUUAUCAAUCUUCAUGAAAUUUCUUAUCGUAUUUACUCCGUUGAAUUAUUUACUUGUAUUUUUGUGUAUACUUCGAGCUUGGUCGUAUUUGAAACGUUUCCAGCUUUGGGAUUCGUUUGAUAAUGUUUAUAUCACUUCGGAUAUUCAGAAAAUUGAUUGGCAACGAGCGAUAUCUGGUAAACAAACUAUCCUUCCAUUGAGCUUCAAAAUGGGUAAACAUUAUAUUUCGCCUUGGUCUCUCACCAUGACAUCGGAUGAAUUGAGAAAAUUACAGAAUAGUUUGAUCAUUUACACAGUCUUUUGUGGAAUUAUCGUUUUCUUUUUGUUGUUAGAAUAUCUUAUCUUUAUACCAAUAGAUCAAAUGAGAAAAUUUUCCAUUCAUUCUGGAACUGACUUCGCCAUACCAGGUAUUAAGAUUUAUCCUAAGCCAGAAUCAACGCCAGUCGCUUCCAUGGUGAAGUCCAUUCCCAUAGUGGAUGACGAACCGUUUGAAAAUUUCACAUUAGCUGCUUGUACUCCGGAUCCAAUUGUUCCUGAUUCUACUGCCUAUGAGAAGAUUUCAUAUCUCUUGUUUUUAGCAUUUUUAGCUAUAACUUGUGAAGCUUAUGCUUUACGAUUUCGCUUUAUGAUCGCUGGUUUCAUGUAUCCAGCAAGAAAAUUUGCUCGAGCUGCUUGGCUGUACAACAGAAUAUUGUCAUCUAUGCCCGCUGCCAAAGUUGAAAAUCGCAGUAAGAUACGAUCCAAGGUAAGAGGCAAUUCAGAGAUUGGCAAAACGUCCAGAAUCAAGCGUUGGAUGUACGCGAAUCCAUGUACAGCUAAAAUUUACGAUAAAUUGGUGGGUAAAGGUAAAAUUUGUAUCAGCUGCGGUGUUUCAGGUGAAGCGGACGAUACUGAACACUUUACCAGGUGUAUUAAUCGACAUUGUGUAGCUUUUUACUGUUUAAAAUGUUUUGAUGAAGUGGAUAGAGUCUGUCCAGUUUGUGAAACAGUAGCACCAAGUCCAGAAGAAUAUGCAAUUGAUACUGAGAUUGGAUCAGACGAUGAUGAUUUAGAUAUUGAUGAUUUUAGAUACUAUUAUGUUGACGAUUGGAAUCCAGAAUCGAAUGAGGAUACAUCAAGAGAACCAAAAAUUGAUUAUAAAAACCUUGAAAGCUUAAAGAAAGGUCGUCCAAAAGAUUAUUCAAAAUAUCUGAGAAAAAGGCAAGUGGAAGAUGGUCCAGUUGAUUCUGAUGCUUCAACGAAAUCUGAAAAAGAGAAAAAGACUAAAAAUAGUAAACAAACUAACCAAAAGCCCAAAUAAACCACAAAAUAAACCAAAUGCUUUACGAAUACUAUUGAACUAAUUAAAGAGAAAAAAUAAAGAAAUUGACAAAUUAAUCAGUCAAAAUGUUGCGAAAAUAAAAAGUAAACAAAAAAUGUUCCCAACUGACAGCAGAAAACGCGGUAAACUUUUCGGUAGAAUUUUUCUCAUUCAAAUGAGCCGCAGGUCGAAUUUGAUUGGCCGAUUAAAUUUGUUCUUUUCCACCCAUUGGCUGGUUCAAUGUUCUCUCAGUGGCGACAUCUGCUGAAGACUUUCGACUGGUGUGUGACAAAAGCUCUUCAACUGAGUAACUAUCAAUCAAUUUCUCCACCAAAAUAUUAUCAUUUCUUUGUCUUUAAUCACAAUUAAAUUGUUUUCUAAUUUUAAUUAGUUGUGACUUUUCCUAAUUGUUCUUCUGUUGAUCACUUUUACUAAUUAAAAUGGAGCUUGAUAAGGAAGAGGUUUUAAACGAAUUGAUGA